CUUUCUUGGCUAGGCUCCUCCAGGUAAGUGAGACAACCAUGGCUCUGGAGAAGUCCUUUGUUCUGUUCCCACUGCUAGCCCUGAUGCUGCUGGUGGUGGGGUGGGCCCAUCCUUCCCUGGGCAAGGAGUCCCCAGCCAUGAAGUUCCAGUGGCAACACAUGGAUUCAGACAGCUCUCCUAGCAACAACGCCAGCUACUACAACCAAAUGAUGAGGCACCGUAAUGUGACGCAGGAUUGCAAGCCAGUGAACACAUUUGUGCACGAUCACCUGGUAGAUGUCCAGGCCAUCUGCCUCCAGGAGAACAUCACCUGCAAGAAUGGGCAGCCCCACUGCCACCAGAGCAACUCAAACAUACAUAUCACAGACUGCCGCCUGACAGGCAGCUCCAGGUACCCCAGCUGUGCAUACUGGCCCAGCAACAAGAUGAGACACAUCAUCGUGGCCUGUGAGGGGAACUCAUAUGUGCCUGUCCACUUUGAUGCUUCAGUGGAGGUCUCCUCCUGA